AUGAUAGUGCCGACGGGAGUGGGGGCGGCCAUCGGAGGAUAUGCGGGCGACGCGCUUCCGGUUGCCCGGGUGCUGGCCUCUGUCGUCGAUUGCUUCAUUUCUCACCCCAACGUAAGCCUCUGAGGUGCCCAUUCCGCGCGAAAUUUUCUUUCUCCCUCGCUGUUUUUUUCUCCGCUCUUCAACUAAGAUUCAGGACGACGCGGAGAUGGGGUUAAUUUCCUUGUUUUUCUCUUUAAAUGCUGUAUUUUUUUGUGUCAAGAAUCCUUCAGUUCUACAAUACUUAACGUGCUAGCUUUUCCAUUUCGGACCAGUCGAGUGUAGAAAAAAGGGGCCCAUUUCAAACUACCUUGUCUGGAAGGCUGUAGCGGUGGCCUUCCCAUUAUUCAGGAUUCCGUUUCUGGCAAGGAUAUCUAUGGAAAGAGUCUAUCUCUUGUAUUGAAAUGUCAUACAAUCGACGCCACAUGUGAGUUCAGUUCAAGUUGGAUGAAUUAUUUAUCUGAGAAUCAAUUCACCUUGGAUUUAUUCCAUAGAUAGACAUAAUGGAUAGAUAUUUGUAUAUGCACAUGCGCAUACGUAGAGUGACAUUGUAAACACUCGCCAAAGUAGUCUGAAUUGAGUUUGAUCAAGAAUCCAUUUAAUCAAUCAAGCUCUGGUUGAAGCCUUUCAAACAUUUUCCAUGCAAUAAUAGAUUCCAUUUAUCCGUUCUAUGGUACACAUUCCCUGCUUUCAGCUGAUAAAAUCUGGUUUUAGCGGGUGGAUGUCUUUUUCUUCUACAUGUCUAGUCAUUUCAUCACAAGUUUAUGACUUGGAGAUGAAGAAGUGCUGCAUAUCUAUUGCUCUUCAUGAGGGGAAGAAAUCAUAAAACUAUACGACACUUCAAUCUCAAUAAUGCUAUAUCAUUUGAAUUUCGGUUAGAUGGGCUUCCUUCCCAUUGCAUAGUGUGCAGUUCUUCUUUCCAUGAUUAGCCUUCUAAAACAGUGCCACUCUUCAAUCUGUGGACGGUGAUGUGAUACUUAUUUAUCUAUUACUGAGUCUUCAUACGCAUAUAAAUUCCUAGCUUUCCUGACUUGGUUUGAAGAGAACAAAAUAGGUGAUGAAUGCGGCUAUGCUUUACUGGCCGAUUCCAAAUGCAUUGUAUGUGGAGGGAUAUGCACUCGACAGAUUUGCAGAAGGAUCUUGGGGACUCCAACCCGUCCAUCAGAAUAAGGCAAGAUUUAUUUUUCAAGGUCUCUCCCCUGAGAACUUGGCUUACUCUGUGAUUUAUUGUUGGUAGUAUCUUCCUCUUUCCAAAGAGUUUUACCAAAGCUGAUAUAUAAUAAUCUUAUUUUAAUAAUUUUAUCAUCCUCAAACUUGUUUCUUUCGCAUGUGACAAUCUUACGGAUCAAGGCCGAGUACUUAUACCUGUAAGUAGUGCAAGAUGUCUCAAUUUCCUUAGGGAUUUAUGCUUUUCUUCAGGAUUUUUCUGCAUUAAGUACCAGGAAAAAGAAAAAACAAUAGAAAAAGAGGAAAGAGUCGAGUUUUAUUUUUUAUUUUAUUGACGAGUCUUAGUCUUGAUUGUUUUGUAUUCAGCAUGCCAUGUCAUGCCAUGUCUUCCUUGUUACAUUUUUUUGAAGUAUUCAACAUCCUUAGUCUGAAGGAAGAAUAACUAUCAUGACGUUCCCUUAAGCUAGUAUGCAUAAAAAAUGUACAACAUAAAGGUAAGAAACUAAAACAUCGUUUCUGAACGAACGAGAUCAGUUAUAUUCUAAACACAAAUGAGAAAAUCUAGUAAAAUAGGUUUUCUUCCACACAUCAGUUCAUCUUAAAAUAGUGAAAGAAUACUCUUUAACUAUAAACAUGGGUGAAUGUAAUUAAUGUUGUGUCAGGAACCGGAUUGAAUCCCUUGACACGAGGGAUUUUGGCCCUCUCCUCUACGGGCUGAGCUAUCCUAUCAGCAUUGCUUCAUAUCACUCGAGUGCUUCUAUUUUUGACAAUUAAAGGGAAAAUAAAUUUGAUCUAACCGAGUCAAAUGUUCUGUCGUAGGAGAGGUUUUCCAUAGAAAGCUGACCAUUGUGACCCACUGUUUAAUUUUUUUUCUAAAAAGGACUGGGAUUACUUUGGUCAUCUAAGUUGAAACUUCUCUGGAAAUGAAGCUAGGUUGGCUUGGUUCUGGAUUCUGGGAUGGAAGAAGAACUUCGAAUUCGGCAUCUACAAGUUGCAGACGCUGCCAGAGCUUCUUUGGGCCUCCCUGUAGUGGAGUACAUUCUUACGGACGCUCCGUUAGAGGUACAAAUCCUUGCCAAUUUAAAUAGUUUGAAAUCCCAUAUCAUCCGUUGUGAGCACUAGCCAGAUUUUGCAAUUUUCUCCCUCAAGACCAUCAGAAUGGGAAAUUUAACCGUUGAGGUCUUCAAAAUGAGUGAGUUUGUAGAAAAUAAUCGUAAUAAUGAUUGACAGAUGUCAUUUUGAUUUGAAAUCUCGUCAAUCCGUGCAGGUUGAGAUAUGGAUAGAUCCUGCAUACGGGAAGUCAACGGGCCGCAUAGGAAACCCGGGCUCAUUAUUAAGAGCAGUAGAUUCUCUGGUCAAGAGGUCGAAAGUCAAUGCAGUUGCUGUCGUCGGACGCUUUCCAGAUGAUGAUAUCGAAGGGGCUGAAGACUACCGACAAGGGAAGGUAGUUGAAAUACCUCUUGAGCUUUUCUUCUAUCACGAGUCUAGUAUUUUUUUUUUUUUCUUUUCUGGAAGACAGGCUAUCAUCUCCUAGAAAUCAACUUGAAUAGUUUUUCUCUCCGUAGAAGGUCCAUGUAAACUCUAUUUAUAAACCGAGCACAUUGCCACUGACCCUAGAUGAAAGCUUACCUUCUCCAUUGUCUAUAUAUCCCUUCCAGGAGCUCUUCAAUCGGAUGCAGUCCUGGUUUUUUACUCUGAUUUCAAAGAAAUCCCCUUAAUUAUUAUUUGAUCUACCCUUUUCAAUCCUCAGCCUGAAUUCAUCAUCAUCGUCAUUGUAGUCGUCACCAUAAUCUUCAUCAUUAUGAGUGGUGAUACGUUUUCUACUGGAAGAUUUCUGCGAUGAGGAUUUUUUUUUUUUUUUCUUUUUGAUGGAAAACAUAGUAUCUGGUGGGUGAGUUUCUCAUGUUUGAAGAUACUCUGAUUAACGAGAUGACAGAGUAUGAGAAUUCUAUUGCUAAUUCGUCUUGUUCUUCACAGGGCGUAGAUGUGGUGGCUGGGGUGGAAGCGAUUAUAAGCCAUCUCGUCGUGAAGGAGUUUCAGAUUCCGUGUGCUCAUGCUCCUGCAUUAUUGCCCCCUCCGUUGACCAGAUCGCUGAGCCCUAAAUCUGCUGCCGAGGAGGUCAGCGACUUACAAUCGCCGUUUUCUUCCAUUACGGAAUUAGUGAACACAGAAAAUACCCAUCUGAAUCCUGGAAAAAACUUUUAGCUGGGGAUGACUGCAUCUUAUGUAGAAAUGAUGUUUUGCUGAUUCCCCGAAGAGGAAGGUCUAUCAACUGUGGAUUCCUUCAAUUUCCUCCGAUCAUACAGCUUUAUCCAUCAAAAAAAAAAAACCCUCAAUUUUCCAGACGGCAUGAUUCAAAGAAAAUGGAGAGAGAGGAGGAAAUCUAUACUACAUGUUUUCUUGUUUAUUUUUCUGAUUGCCCUUUUUAUAUAUGAAUGUAUAAUGUAGUUAUAGUAGGGAUUAUUUUCUAUGAUGCUUUGUUAUGAUUGUUCUCUUACAUUUGAAUUACUCUGGUUUAUAUCUAUCGUAGUUUUCGACAUAUUUCGGUUUAUUUUUAUUUUCAUAAUUAGGUAGCUUCUUCAUGCCAGAUUGGGUACACAUUCCUCCCCUGCGUGCUUGCCGGCCUCAGCAGGGCCCCCCAGUACGUCGUCGAUAGAAGCCGCGGCACUGCAGAGGAUGCCCGCUGCAUACUGGGCAGCGAUGUCGAUAGCGUCGUCCUCCCCAUCGACGCCUGCGGGGGUGAGGCUGCGGUCGCCCUCGCCAGGAGAUCGAGCAACAAGGUAACAUAUGAUUCUUUUCAAUCUUUAAAACAUCCGGUUUCUUUGUUUAGGGUUAGGGUUUUAAUGAUGUGAUGACGAAGGCUAGGGUUUUGUAGGAGGUGUAGAUCGGGCAACAAACAGGGUAUAUAUGUGAUUCUUUUCGAUCUUUAAAACAUCCAGUUUCUUCGUUUAGGGUUUAGGGAUUUAGGGCUAGGUUUUACUCAUGAUGAUGACGACGAAAGCUAGGGUUUUUUGGGUCGCGGUGUAGAUCGGCCAACAAUGUAUACUUGAUUCUCUUCGAUCUUUAAAACAGCCAUUUUCUUUAUUUAGGGUUUUAGGGAUUUAGGGUUAGGCUUUUGAUAUGAUGAUGACGAAGGCUAGGGUUCUUUGGGUCAUGGUGUACGUAGGCCUUGGUGAUCGCGGUGGAGGAGAACACGACGGUGAUGGAUGACACCCCCGAGAAGCUCGGGAUCGACGCGGUACGCCCUUCGUUCUCCCCGGAAACCCUAGUUCUUGUUUUCUUUCUAUUCGAGCUCCUCGAAAACCCUAAUUUUUGUAUUUCUUUUGAUCCGGGCUCAUCGAAAACCCUAAUAUCGCAUUGCAGAUGAAGGUGUCGAAUUAUUGGGAGGCUGUUGGAGUGGUGGCGGCUCACCGGGCGGGGGUCGACCCGAGAGCAUUGCGGAGGAGGGGAGUUGACCCCAUUAGAUGCUUGUCCGCGCUUCAAGUCCCCCCUCUCUCUCUCUUCCUUCGUGGUGAUGUCAACGCUGGCGAGCUCAAUGUUCAUGGAUGA